GCGUAAUCUGACAUGGAAUCCUAUAACAUGAGUUCCCCUUCUUUAGACGUGUUGAUCCCGCAGCUAUUCAGAGUUUAGAUGAAAUUUUUCGAAAUUAUUAUUGUUCCUUUAUUUUUGUGAUGAGAGUUGACUGAGAGAGGGAGAGAGGGAGAGAGAGAGAGGGAGACGAGAGAGAGACCUGCAUACAUAUCGUCCCCAGCAGCCUCCAGCUAGAAUUCGUCAGAUGUGAGAUCACACAGGAUUUACUUUCUACCCCCACCCCCCAUCAUUUUUUUUAUUACCAGUCUGGCUUAGGGAAGAUAUUCAAAGUUUGAGGAGGGGAUACAAGCAUCUAUUCCGAGCCCAUCUGCUCAGUGAAAGGUCCUCAUAUUCAACAAUGUGUGGACGGAGCAGCUUGGCCUCGCUGUGCCUGGGGGCUUGCUUGCUCCUGACCAACAUCGUCCUGUGUGCGAAAAGCUCUACGGAGGACAGCGAGCACAACACCACAGUGUUUACCAAGAUCCUAGACAGCCUUCUGGACGGCUAUGACAACCGCCUGAGGCCAGGACUAGGAGAGCGUGUAACUGAAGUCAAGACUGACAUUUUCGUGACUAGUAUCGGGCCAGUUUCGGACCAUGACAUGGAGUACACCAUUGAUGUGUUCUUCAGACAGAGCUGGAAGGAUGAAAGGUUAAAGUUCAAGGGUCCAAUGGCUGUGCUGCGUCUCAACAAUCUCAUGGCCAGCAAGAUCUGGACGCCAGACACAUUCUUCCACAAUGGCAAGAAGUCUGUGGCCCACAACAUGACGAUGCCCAACAAACUAUUGCGUAUUACAGAAGAAGGCACGCUACUCUACACCAUGAGGCUGACUGUGAGAGCAGAAUGCCCGAUGCACCUUGAAGACUUCCCAAUGGACGCCCAUGCCUGCCCACUCAAGUUUGGCAGCUAUGCUUACACCCGAGCCGAAGUGGUGUACGUAUGGACCAAAGGAGUUGAUAAUUCCGUGGUGGUGGCGGACGACGGUUCAAGGUUAAACCAGUACGAUCUGAUGGGGCAGAGUGUGGCUUCUGGAGUGGUACAGUCCAGCACAGGCGAGUACGUGGUGAUGACGACCCACUUCCACCUGAAGAGAAAAAUUGGCUACUUUGUAAUCCAGACCUAUCUGCCCUGCAUCAUGACGGUCAUCCUCUCACAGGUGUCCUUCUGGCUCAACAGAGAAUCCGUCCCAGCCAGGACUGUCUUUGGAGUAACCACUGUCCUGACCAUGACCACCCUCAGUAUCAGCGCUAGGAACUCCCUCCCCAAAGUGGCCUACGCCACCGCUAUGGAUUGGUUCAUUGCCGUGUGCUACGCCUUCGUCUUCUCUGCCCUCAUCGAGUUCGCCACGGUCAACUACUUCACCAAGAGGGGUUACGCCUGGGAUGGAAAAAGUGUUGUGCCAGAGAAGCAAAAGAAGAAGAAGGAGUCCAUGUUAAAAAAGAACAACACGACAGCAUACCCGGCUGCCACUGCUACAGCCUUCGCUCCCAACAUUGCCAGGGACCCUGGCUUGGCCACCAUUGCCAAAAGCGCUCCCCCACCUCCAACUGAGCCCAAGGAGGAGCCAAAGCCCAAGCCCCCAGAGGCCAAGAAGACCUUUAACAGCGUGAGCAAGAUAGACAGGAUCGCCAGAAUAGCCUUCCCGCUGCUCUUUGGAACCUUUAACUUGGUCUACUGGGCCACCUACUUGAAUAAGAAGCCCAAACUGCAAGGGAUGACUCCACACUAAUCCAUCUUUCGCUUCUUUUCAAUUCGACCUAUCUAACUUUCAUUUUCUUUGGUAUUCCUCAAAAGAAAAAGAAAAGAAAAUCUGUUUCUUUUCAGACAAAUAUGAUGUCCAUGCUGGUUUGAAUUCCCAGUCGUUGCAUUGCUUCUGUUUAUCUACAUUUUGAAGAUUGGGAGAAAACAAUAGAGAAAAAAAUAACAAAAAGAUGAGGAAACAGACACUUAAAGGGUUGUUGCUGUUCAGGUGCGGGAUGACGCUUUUAAGAAAUGCUACCAUAAAUAUAUAGCCAAGAGGAGAAUGCUAUUCUAAAUACACAGAGCUCAGUCUUGGGCUUUUUUUUCCUUUGUACAUUGUAUAUUUUCUUAUUUUACAGGGUUCCAGUUAUUAUCUUUGCAGCGAUAGUCUCUAGCGUUAUUACCAUUCGAGGUACGGAUAAAUAAAUAGAACACAGCGGUUAUGAUGAGGGAGACGGUUCAAAAAUGUAUUGCAUUCGUUCCGCAGUCUGCGACAACCUGUAACUAACUGCCCGAUAUAUCUGCACUACAGCAACAAAUGUACACCUGUAAGUAACACAGGCUUGGCAAGGUACAAAAUGACAAAUACAUAAUGCAAACUGUGCCGUCUAUUGUUUGGAACAGCUAAAGUCAAGACCUUUUGUUAUCACGCCAUUGUUCUAUUAUUACCGUAUUUCCACAAAUAGUGUCUGAGGCUUUUCUAACUGCAAAAAAAAGGGGGGGGGGGGGGGUGGCUUAUGGAGUUGAUAUAUUUAAAAUUUGUAUAAAAUUGAAAGGGAACUACAAUCAGAGGUGGGUAGAGUAGCCAAAAUUUUUACUCUAGUAAGAGAGUUCAUUCAUUUUUUUUAAUGCCGCUUAUCCACGCAGAGGUACUGCAGCCUAUCCCAGCUAACUAUGGGGAGUAGGCGGGGCACACCCGUAAUUGGUUCCCAGCCAAUCGCAGGCCACAAUGAAACAUACAACCAUUCACGCUCGCACCUUUGGACAAUUUGGAGUAUUCAGUCAACACGUUUUUGGGAUGUGGGUGGAAACCAGAGUUUCCAGGGAAACUCUGAAACAUUGAAAGAAUACUCAAGUGAUGGGUAACAUUGUGAGUAACUGCUUACAAUGUCAGAUUUUUUUUAAAAUAUUUUUUUUCUCAGGACAACUUAGUCUAUAUGAAUUGUUAUUAUUAAAUGUACUAUAACCCAAUACAUGAGCAUAUUAGGCCUAAAAACAUGACACAAAAUCAUCGGUGUCAGACCAGAACACUAUGAAACAUCAACCGUGCAAAGAGCAUGAGUGUCCUCUAGUGGAGAAAAAACAGUUACCUCUGGGGCCGUUUACAUGGUGACUCUCCGAGAAUACGAAAAAUUUCAAAUUUGCAUUUGCGUCUCCAUUUGAACAAUGUCGCGAUUUCGCAUGAAAACAAUGUAGUAUUCAUGCCAGUCGCUAGGAGGCAAUGGAGAUUUACUGGGCGACAGGGAAUGAUGCACUUUGACCCCAUCAAGCUCUCUCAGCCCGGAAAAAAAUAUGCCCGCGCACUCGAAGCUAUGUCAUUUUUCUUUUGUUCAAAAAGGCACAAAAAUUGAAACGUUCAACAUAUUUAAUUUAAAAAUAUUCUUAAAACAGUAAAUUAAAGCCGGCAUUCCGCCAUAUUUGCUGUUUUUAAUGUUUAGUACCACCGCUGCGCAAGCCCAAUGUGACUCGCACAGCAGGAGCCUUUGAUAUGCAUGCUGAGGAAGCCCCUACCAACCCCCGCAAUCAGAUUCUUCCACUUUGGAGGCAGGAUUCAGAAUUUUUCGUCUUCGCCGACACCAUUUGCACGCGAGGCGAGUCCGCAACUCAGUCAUUGCGUCUGUGUCGCAGAGUCGCCAUGUAAACUGCCCCUCUGAUUGGAAUAAUAGAGUCAUGUGGUUAUUGUUGCGACUAGGCAUGUGCCGAUAUGAACAUGAGACUGACGGUAUGAUAACGUUAAUCCAAAAUAUCACGGUUUCAGAGUACCUCGGUAUCGCAAAUACAGCUCUAAGAGAUAUCAGAGUUAAAAAAUAAUAAUAAAUUCCACAGGACAGACUGUUUAUUUUUCAAAACAUUAGCAAAUUGGAACAUAAGUAUAAUUUGAAGUUAGAAUAAAGAAAAAAACAAAAUUCUAAAUAAAUUUAAAAUAAAUGAGGUAAUUUAGGUGAGCCUAAAACCACAGCCCAAUAUUAUUACCAUCACAAAAAUAAUUGAAUUAUUUUCUAUAAAAAACACGUGUGUAUGACUCGUAUCAUGUUUUCUUUAUACACACACUCUCUUUCUCAACACAGACAAUUCCCAGAGAGACAAAAACACCGUGUUUUAUCACCGCUAGACACACUAAACACGCUGGAGUUAACCCUCAUAGCUGUUGGGAAACGUUCAUGACAGUGUUUACCAACCUUUAAUUUGUAUAAAUGCGAAAUCAUAUUGGAGGUAUUGCCGCCUCGGCAGCCACCCUCCGCAAACAUGUUUUACAUGUCGGGUGGCCCUCCUCCUCUAAGCUGCGCCCGUCUAAUUUUUCCGUAUUCCCAUUUCAGGGAUUUUGUUUUCUUCUGUGGGGGAAAAAGUAGGAGUUUCACCUCCUCCAGGCAUCGUCUAGUACGACUGACUCAUUGACACUGAGCAAUAACUGGUGGCGGAGGGUUAAGCCUAGCUAAUAUCUUAGGGACGAUAUCACGGAAAAUUUUUGCGGUUUUGAAACCUUGACGUUUUCAUACCACGGUAUACCUCGAAACCGGUAAUCGGUACAUGUCUAGUUGCGACAUCUCAUAGGUGAAACUCAGACAACCAUUGUCGGUAUCUCUGGCAAAAAUAGAGUCAAUAUGUAGAAUAAAGAAGAAAACUAACAACUAGCAUAGCCCAAGAGUAUCGUUUCGUCUUUGCAAAUCUACUCAAGUAAUGCGUAGUAAAAUAAUACAUUUUUCUCAAAAAGUUAAUGUAAAGGAGUAAAUAUAACGCUUUACUACCCACCUCUGACUACAAUGGACUGUUGUGGAGAAACUCAGGCUGAAACACAUACUGUAACGCAUGGACAUGCAUACAACAUUGUGGCGCAUUCACAUCAGUUGGAACGCUAAUUGUUGUUAAAGACAACCACACGUGCACAUAGGGUCAACUCAAAAACACUUGUUAACUCGAUGACAACAUGAGAAAGAUGCCAUACAUUUAAAAAACAAAAUUAAAGAGACUUUAUGGGGUUUAGUAGGUGCUGCUGUUUUGGUUGGAGGAGUUAAGCAAUUAUUAUCGUCUGCGUGUCUAUUAAUACAAGCACCACUAUUUGAAGAAAUAUGUUAUAUACAUUGAUUCUGACCACAUUUCACAGUUUUGUGCCAAAAAAUGUUCUACUAGUUGUGAGAAUAAGUGAAAGAGCAGCUUGUAAAGCCAAAAUUAUCCAAACCCUGGUCAAAUUUUGAAUCGCAGUGAAUUAUUAGUUGAUGCUGAAAUACGUUUGGUCGACUCGUAAAAUACAUUGAUUGGACAUUUGUCAUUUUUAAUACUGUGUCAUUCUUGUUAAUAAGCCAAUUUUGAAGAAAAAUAAAUAUUUUGUACCAUUUUGAAGGAUCUUUACGCAUAACCGGCAUUCCAAGCUAUUCUACAUUUACCAUAUUUUUCCGACUAUAAGUCGCACCUGAGUGCAAGUGAAAGUAUGUACAAAGAUGAAAAACAACAUAUAUAAAUCGCACUGGAGUACAAGUCGCAUUUUUUGGCGGGAAAACCAAGAUCAAACAUUGCAAGUUAUCAUAAAAAUUAGUAAAAUAGAGAAAAGCAUACUAAAUAAGCAUCUAUAAAUGUAACAUAAUAGGGGGGCAUUUACAUGGUGACGUCCACAUGGUUCCGUCUCCAUUUGUACGAUGUUGGAAUUCCUAGGGGGCAGUGUGCGUUUGCUUCAAAAGGCUUAAAAACUUGCCGUUUUGAAUGUUUACUAGGAGCGACUGCGCAUUCUCAAAGGGACGUGUGCGAGUGCUGACGUAAUCGGCGUGAAACUGUUCCAUUCAUAUGAUGGCAGAGCAAUCCUGGCAAUCGAAUCGUUCAGCUUUGAAGGCUGGAAUAAAAAGUUCGCCUCUUCACCUUCAGUUUUCUUGUAAAUGCAAGGCCAUUCCGCAUUAUAAUCGUUGAGUCUUGGUGUCUCAGCGUAAGCAUGUAAACGGCCCCUAAGUUAUCCAGAUAACGAUAUCCUAAAAAACACAACAGGCUGUGAAAAAAAGUGUGACUUAUUGUCCGGAAAAUACGGUACAGUGAUCCCUCGCGAUUUCGCGCUUCAAACAUCAGUCCAUCGCGGAUUUUUUUUUUUUUUAAUUAAAAAAAUAAAUCCGUAUUGGCCCGAAUAUAAGACGGCCCUGAUUAUAAGACGACCCCCUCUUUUUCAAGACUCAAGUUUGAAAAAAAAGACUUUUUCAACACCAAUUUAUACAGAAAACAAUUAAAGUACAUCCAAAACAAAUGAUUAUAACAAUAUAUUAGAGAGAAAAAUCAUGUUAUUUUGCCUCAUUCAAAUCUUAAUAUCUGAACAUUUAAAUAUGUAAACUAAUGUGCAAUCACAUUCGUAAAUGACUGGCUUCUGGUUUUUGAAAUGUAAAUAAACCAAUUUAUUGUGAUAAAACAUAAUUGCAAUAACUGCAUUAACCAUCAAAGUGAAGUCUAACUGUAACUAAUCUUGAAACAAAUCUGAAUAAGGAAAAACAUUGCAAUAAAAUAAUGCAAGCUGGUUAAACUUGAGAGUAGCUGAGAUCUGUCAUGACAGAACAUCGCUUCAAUGAUAUCUGGCGUCAUCUAGCGUCGUGAAUGGGUAUAAUUUCUAGACCGCGAAUAUAAGAUGACCCCCACUUUUUCAGUCUUAUUUCAAUGCAAAAAACACAGUCAUAUUCGGGCCAAUACAGUAAUAAGUACAGCCUCUCACUCCCUCCUGAAGCCUUUCUUUCUCACCAGGCAGCUUUAGCUCGUUAAAGUUAAUGAUGAGUGACAAGGGAGCUGCUUUGAACUUGCCAAAGAAGCUUGAAAAUACUACCUUUCAAAGGCACCGACUCGUUUAACUAGUUAAACAUUGGCUCUAUGGUAACUCAUUGUGUUGUGUGGCAUGCUGUUCUAAGCAGCAUGAGUUGAUUUGAGAGGACUCACUCAAUGAAGCAUUUAAUAAAGAAUUAUAGUUGGAGGGUGUCAGGGAAGCUCAACUAUGAACUUCAAGACAAGUGUCACCUCAAUAGCUCGAUUAGAGAAAUGAAUACGACCCCAACCAUGGAUUGCUUUGCUUCGAAGGCUUUAUGAACAAGAGCUCUCGGGUAAAAAAUGAUGUGACCCAGCCAGGAGCUGUAAUCACUAGAGGCGUGCGAAAUUUUCGAUUCUUAGAUUAUUCGCGAUUCGGCCGUGGAAGAUUCGAGAACGGUUCACAAAUAUCUACAUUCCGAUUAUUGAAUUAUACCAGGUAAAGCCGAAGUAAAGCACAGUCAGCGCGGUCUUUGGGACGCAAUGAGGAACGGACCGAGAGUAAUUAUGUUCAACUCAUGCCGAUAGAUAAAAAACAAUCAUACCUGACUGCGGCUGGCAGCCGCUACAAACAACGCCCAGUUGCGAGUUGCUACAAACAUACGGCUGAAGUAGAUAUCAUAUAUAUGUAGAACUAGAUGCAAAAUGACAGACGACGUC